UCGCCCCCACCAACCACCACCGUACGCCUCUCCCGCGACGGGCCGACGGCAACCACACGCCGGCGAGAGGCGGUGACGCCAGCUCCAAGCUCCCAGCUCCCAGCUCCCAGGCACCUCUCCCUCUCGCUCGCUGCCAUGCUGCACCUCACGCACCCCGCGCGCCACCCGAGCCUCCGUCCCGCGCCCCCGCGGCGCGCUCCGCCCCCCGCUCGAGCUCGCCUACCCAAUUGCCUCCCCCGCGCCCGGACGACGCUCGCCCGAGCGCGCCCUCCCAGCGCGGGGGCGGCCGAGACCGAGACCGCCUCUACGAGCGGCGGCGGCGGCGGCGGAAGCGUCCUGUCAUUCCUGUGCCCGCUCCUCAAGCUCCUCGGGGGAGGCGAUCCGUCGCGGGAGCGGAACGACUUCGUGGAGGUCAUGACAUCUUCAAUUUCAAGUUUAGCAAGACUGCCAUGGGGAUCAAAAGUGGCUACUAGCAGUGGAGAUAGCACUGGCCCAGCAGCAAGCGUUCCAAAUCUGCAAUUGUACGAGUUUGAGGCAUGCCCCUUCUGUAGGAGGGUCCGGGAGGCCAUGACCGAGCUUGAUCUUUCUGCGGAGGUCUAUCCAUGUCCAAAAGGAUCACGAAGGCACAGGGAAAUGGUCAAGAAAAUUGGAGGGAAAGAGCAGUUUCCCCUGCUUGUUGAUGCUAGUACUGGUGUCACAAUGUAUGAAAGUGGAGAUAUUGUGAACUACCUGUUCAGACAGUAUGGACAAGGAAGGAGUCCUUCAUCUGGACUUCUUGAGAGUACAAUCUUCACAGGAUGGGUGCCCACUCUUCUUAGAACUGGUAGAGGAAUGACACUGUGGAACAACGCUGGUGUUGUACCUGCAGAGAAGUUGGAGCUCUUCUCGUAUGAGAAUAAUUCUUAUGCGAGGAUUGUUCGAGAGGCUCUCUGUGAAUUGGAGCUUCCUUACGUUCUCCAGAACGUGGGAGAGGGAUCGUCUAAGAUGGAUGCGCUUCUAAGGAUUUCAGGUUCUAAACAGGUGCCAUAUUUAAUUGACCUCAAUACUGGAUUCCAAUCGGGGGACUAUAAGAAGAUACUGUCCUACUUAUUCCAGCAAUACGCGAUUAGUAGUUAGUCCCUGUAUCUCAACCAACACCCCCAGUCUCGGAAGUUUGUUGCCCAGUAGAAUGCAAAACAUCCGCAACCCAACUGUGUAUGUACCAUUGUACCGUGCCGUGAUCUUAGCUUCUGAAACUUAAGCGGUUGGGGUUCUUGCCAGGCAGAAGUCACCUGCUAUUUGUUUAGCAUCUUUCAUGCAAAGGCCAUCCAGACUACUAGUCCAAUGUAUCGGACAUGGUUUUGAUACUAUACUCCCUUUCACAUGAUGCUUGCUA